ACUCAAACCCCCAGAACUGAGCCUCUACUUUAGUCCAUCCUCUUUGGGCAGUACAGGGGGUAAAAUGGGGUUGAAGUGAAGCGACCUGGAGGUCGUCUCAACCCCGUCAACUGGACGACUGACGUUAGUCUAUUAUCUUUACUCAACUCCGUCCUCUUCGAUAAAUAACGUAGCAUAAUGACAUCGCUAUGCUACAUACUCCUACCUAUUGUUGUGAUUAUUGGAUUGUUAAGAAAAUGUCGUGAACGUUCGUGGGGAAGAUGCAAGGACACAAGCAAUUUGCAGGACCGUGUUUUUCUGGUAACCGGCGCCAAUUCGGGAAUUGGAAAGGAAACAGUCAGAGAACUUGUCAGAAGAAAUGCCAAAGUCAUCAUGGCUUGCCGGGAUAUGGAAAGUGCACGUAAUUGCAUCGCCGAGAUACGUACAAAAAUUCCCACUGGGGAAAUGAUUCCAAUGGAGCUCGAUUUAGCUUCUCUCUUGUCGAUCCACAAAUUUGCGGAACGUGUACUGCAAGAUUUUCCAGAAAUUCAUGGGCUUAUAAACAACGCCGGUGUUUACGUACCUCUAAAAAAUCGAACAUCAACAAGAGAUGGAUUCGAAAUUCACUUUGGAGUUAAUCAUCUCGGUCAUUUCCUUCUCACCAAUUUGCUGUUGGAUAGGAUGAAAAGAUCUGCACCGAGCAGAAUCGUUAUAGUAACAUCAAAAUUAAUGGAGUCUGGGGUAAUUGAUUUCUCAAAUCUCAACGGGGAAAAGGGAUUGCCCUCAAAAGGCAGGAUGAAUCCUGCCUACUGCAACUCCAAACUCGCCAAUGCAUAUUUCACGACAGAAUUAGCAAGAAGACUGGAAAAUACUGGUGUGAAUGUUUAUAUGGUCUGUCCGGGAUUCACUUACACUGGAUUAUUCAGGAAUGUCAAGAGGAGGUGGUUCCAUUAUAUCAUCUUUUCGCCAGUUGCCCUUCUUUUUUUACGCACGGCUCAUCAGGGCGCACAAACAGUACUUCACUGUGCAACAGAUGCUGGUCUAUCAAAUGAAAGCGGACUACUGUAUCGUGACUGUAAUCUUUACGCAUCAAAAAGGACUCUCAGGCCGGAAGUAGCUCAAAAACUCUGGGAUAUUAGUGCUAGUCUUACCGGAGUUCAUUCUUCCAAAUAAAACAUUUUUUUUUCAUAGAUUUUACUUAUAACCAACUGAUGAGAUCUCUUUAUCUCUCUCAGAAUUUUUUGAAAUUGUACAUAACAUGAGAGAAUAUUUUCAUUUCGAAAACCCAAUUUUUCUAGAUUUCCAAGUUCGAAUUAUCGCAACGAUAGCUGUCCAAUGAAUAGUGAUUGCUUACAUAAUCAGUGAUAAAAUAGAAUAAAGCAUUAAUUUAUUAUCUGAAUAAAUAGAGUGAAGGAAUUAAAGAGAACCAAGAUUAAGAAUAAAAAUGAACCCUUUGAUAUUGAGAGAGUAGACUGACAUCAUGUAAUGAGUCAGUUACAAUCAUUGUUUGUUCGAUUAUGUUCAAGUGGUACGAUGAAAUAAUUUGAUUAUUAAUCCAA